AAUCCCACAAACCCCAAAAAGCUCUUUUACUUCUUCUCUCUCUCUCUCUCUCUCUUCUCCCUCACAGCAAAGCAAAUCUCGUUCCGUUCUCCGAGAAGAACGAAGUUGGUGAAGUCGCCGCCUGGAUAACUCAGGUUCACAGAUGACAACAUACAUGCGAGACAAACCAUCAAUGCUUGGGUCACGAGCUUCCAAGUUUCUACUCUCUGCUCUCAUCUUGAUCCACUUGCUACCUACUCAACUCCUUGCUCAAAGAUCUAAAUCUCCAUGGCAGACACUCACUGGAUCUGCUCCUCUUAUCAUAGCACGUGGCGGGUUUUCUGGGUUAUUGCCAGAUUCAAGCGUCGAUGCUUACAGUAUCGUAUCUCAGACAAGUGUCUCCGGUGCUGUUCUCUGGUGUGAUGUGCAGCUUACCAAAGAUGGAGUUGGGAUUUGCUUCCCCGAUGUAAAAAUGAUGAAUGCUUCUAGUAUCCAAGAUGCUUACCCUAAACGGAAAAACUCUUACCUGGUUAAUGGUGUCCCUACUCAAGAUUGGUUCACCAUUGAUUUUACCUUGAAGGAUCUCAAAUCCGUUUUCUUGAUCCGAGGAAUAUUAUCACGAUCUGAUGCAUUCGAUAACAACCAAUACGCCAUUUCAACAGUACAAGAUAUCGCUAUGGAGUUGAAACCCAAGAGCUUUUGGUUAAAUGUUCAGCACGACGCGUUCUAUGCGCAGCAUAACCUGAGCAUAAGCAAGUUUAUGCUAUCACUCCCCAAAACUGUGACUAUUAACUAUCUCUCUUCCCCUGAGGUUACUUUCCUACGGAGCAUCGGUGGCCGUUUUGGUAAAGCCGGGCCAAAGUUUGUGUUCAGGUUUCUCGAGAAAGACGAUGUUGAGGUGUCAACUAAUCAAACAUAUGGAACUCUCCUGGGAAACCUAACUUUCAUCAAGACGUUUGCUUCAGGAGUUCUUGUUCCAAAGUCUUACAUAUGGCCGCUCGAAGACCAGUACUUGAGUCCCCACACAUCCUUUGUUCAAGAUGCUCACAAAGCAGGAUUAGAAGUAUACGCGUCAGGCUUUGCAAAUGAUUUUGACAUGGCGUACAACUACAGUUUUGAUCCGUUGGCUGAGUACUUAUCCUUCAUGGACAAUGGUGACUUCUCUGUGGAUGGCUUUCUAUCUGAUUUUCCACUAACUGCAUCUUCUGCUGUUGAUUGUUUCUCCCAUCUUGGAAGUAAUGCUUCAACACAAGUGGAUUUUCUUGUAAUAUCCAAAAAUGGAGCAAGUGGGGACUACCCUGGGUGCACUGACUUGGCCUAUUCAAAGGCUAUCAAAGAUGGUGCUGACAUCAUCGAUUGUUCUGUUCAAAUGUCGUUGGACGGGAUCCCGUUUUGCUUAAACUCAGUUGAUCUUGGAGAGAGCACGAACAUUGUCCAAAGCCCUUUCAGAAACCGUUCAGCAACUGUUCCUGAGAUCGCUCCUCUUGGUGGAUUAUACAGCUUUAGUCUGACAUGGUCUGAGAUUCAAACCUUGAGACCUGCGAUUACAAAUCCAUACAACAGGGACUUCAACUUGUUUAGGAACCCCAAGGAGAGAAGUUCAGGGAAGCUUGUUUCACUUUCUGAUUUCUUGAACUUGGCGAAAAGCUCCACCUCUCUUGCUGGUGUUUUGAUCAGCGUUGAAAAUGCAGCAUACCUGAGAGAGAAGCAAGGUCUCGACGUUGUCAAAGCCGUUCUCGAUACACUCACCAAAGCUGGUUACAGCAACGCGACAACAACAACCAAAAAGGUUAUGAUUCAGUCAACAAACAGCUCGGUUUUGGUAGACUUCAAGAAACAGAGCCGGUACGAGACGGUAUACCAAGUGGAAGAAACAAUCCGAGACAUCCUCGACUCUGCAAUCCAAGACAUAAAGAAGUUCGCUGACGCCGUCGUGGUCAGAAAAAACUCUGUCUUCCCAGUCAGCGAAAGCUUCACCACUGGACAAACCAAUCUGGUGGAGAGGCUACAGAGGUUCCAGCUUCCUGUUUACGUUGAACUGUUCCGCAACGAGUUUGUUUCUCAGCCGUGGGACUUCUUGUCAGAUGCAACGGUGGAGAUAAACUCGCAUGUUACUGGAGCUGGUAUCAAUGGAACCAUCACCGAGUUCCCUUUAACAGCCGCUAGAUACAAAAGGAACAAGUGCUUGACACGGAAAGACCUGCCUCCAUACAUGAGCCCGGUUCAGCCAGCUGGACUCUUAUCCAUUAUGAGUCCUACUUCAUUACCUCCAGCUGAAGCACCAAACCCGGUUUUCACAGAUGCUGAUGUCACUGAACCACCACUACCUCCGGUCAUAGCCAAAGCCCCUACGAGCAGUCCUGGACCAUUAUCAACCGAUGAAAAAGCUCCUAAUGGACAAACCCGUGUCACUCUGUCUCUUCUUCUCUCUGCAUUCGCCAUGGUUCUAGCCUCUCUUUUACUUCUGUGAUCACAUUGGUCUGAUCAGUUGACUUGUGUCCACAGAUAUUAUUUUGCCUCCUAAUAGUUAUUAGGAUUCUCUGCAUUGGUGAGUUUCUGUUGGGGUUUUUUGUUUGUUCAUACUAAACAUUCAUUUGUAUCAUUGUAAUUUGCUGUUGUAACAUUAUUCACUUUAAUGUUCGUUAAAACUCUUGUGUGCUUUGUAGUAUUAAUGAGAUUUUAUCUUCUUUAAUACAUUAAAAUC